AAACGUGUGUUUGUAAGACGAAGGCGGAUGUGGUCUAGCUAGUGAUGAAAAUACUACACACUUCAGUUUAAAAUGACAGUCUUGCAGGCAUGGUUUCAAAGAAAAAGAACAGGGUGACUGGCCUAGAGUAAACAUCCUCAAACAAAAUGUACGACUCAACAGACAACUUUUCUCAGGAACAAGGUGACUGGCCUAGAGUAAACAUCCUCAAGUGCGCCAACGGAAAUCUGAAAUGAUGAUGCCAAUGAUACAUGUGUUGAAGGUGAGAACUGCCAGACUAAUUGCUGGGGGAUGCCAUGCUUCAUGAGAUGAAAAUGCUGAAGUUUCUUGCAUUAACUCUAAAGCUUGCUUCAAAGACCAUAUGUGGAUUUAGCAUCAUCCUAUGUGUAACCUGGUGUUGUGUAGCAAGCCAAAAUGCUGUGAUAGUAGAUUUCACCACCAACAGCUCCACCCUGAUCUUCCCAUCUGGGGCUCCCUUCAAGUUGGUCUGUCUGCUGGAUGACGUCACAUGUAGCAUGUCCUCCCCUGAUGACGUGCUACAACUGUCACCCAAACAUGACGUCACUGGGUGCAAUGGGACCCAAGGUGGCUGCUCAGCUACCUGUCAAGUGGAGGAUGCAACAAAGCUAAAUACAGAUGACUAUAUCUGUUGGAGAAACGGAAUCCAACUUACUGAAAACAAAGUUUUUGUGAUUGAUAAACCAGCAGAACCCAGAGUUCAAAACAUUUACACAACAGAGUAUAAGGACAUUUUCAUUGUUUUUGAGACUGGACCUUCUGAUUUUAUCUCCCCUGAUGAAGUUAAAGUUACAUUAAAAGAAGGCAGAAAAGAUGCUGUUGAAAUCUGCUCAGCCAACUGUUCAAGUAAUGGAGUAGACACCAAUCGUGUGUGCACUUGCCUGUACAGCCAGAGAGAAACACGAAUCAGCAACAACAGUGUGAUACUUUCUAUUUUAGUAGCAAGGCCUUCACUGGACAACCCCAUACAAAGUGCUGAAUGGAAAAGAACUGUUAACCUACUUAGUUAUAUCGUCCCUGGGCCACCUGUUCUAGAACUGGACCUGUGGGACGUGUCAGACAACAAAGCUGUGGCGGUGUUUCGACCGUCUGAAGUGAUGAGGCGCAUGGUUGUUUUCAUGGAAUCAAUACAACGGCCUCUUCAGUUCCACGUGCUCCUAAAUAAAACCCAGGGGAAUCCAGAACUUACAGAGCUGAGGUUUGUCAAAAAAGUGUAUUACAAUCGUGAAUUGUAUGAAAAAUUGUAUGUGGCUUUGGAGUUUGACAACUUGACUGCAUUUACAAACUACAACUUGUGCGUGUCUAGUAUUGGUGGUGGAGGUGAAGGGCCAAUGAUAUCUAGCAGCUUCCAGACAAGGAAAGCGGUACCAAAACAACCUCCAGAAAUGGAAGAUUUUAUGUUUUCCAGAGCAGCCAAUAGCCAAGGCUCUUCUCUCUUGUUGUACUGGAAGCCCCUGCCCCAUGAGUGUGCUGGAGGAAUUAAUCUGACCUAUGAACUCCAGAUUUCUUCAACGAAGGGCUAUAACUCUACUGUCCAAAAUAUAGAGACAAGUUACUUAUUUAUUAGCUCAGGACUUCCCCAAGAUGCUCUUGUGGUGAAACUAUGGGCAGUUAAUGAAAUUGGAAAAUCAGAAAAUUUUUCUCAGAUUCACAUUCCUGCUGCUCAAGGUGCCAGUUUGCUUGAGUCUGUGGUUGAGUAUGUGAACGAGUCCAUGAUGUUUGUCUAUCUGAAUGGAACAAGUGUGAGCAAGUUUGAGCAAGUGGCCGUCCAUUGGUGUCAAGUUUCAACCAACACACUCCAGAAGGAAAUUUGCCUGGAUUACCCUACAACUAGAAUAAUGACCAGGCCAGACUCUGAAAAUGGACAGCCAAUGAAAUUUGAAAUCAAUUUAACCCAACAUGCAACAGGAAGUCUGAUAUAUCAGACACAAGUUCAAGUCCAUGAUUUAUUUGAUAACACAAGCAUCAUUCAGACGAGUAAAGUCAAUGCCACUGUAACCAUGAAUGAAUAUCCACCCCAAGUUGACAUUCCCCAGUUGUUUGAUUACCGACCAGAAACCAGGAAACGACGUGCAGUAUCGCAGACUUCUAAUUCCAAGAGGUCAGUCCUACCACGGCCAGUUGGUGGCACCCAGAAAGUUUUUAUCUCAGUUAAAGUGAAUGGAUCUUGGAUGGGGAUGGCUGCUGCUAACUACUUGUUUGACAGUAGCUUAGAGGAGGCAACAGCCCUACUGAGCAGGCGUGAUGCAGAUGGCAAACAGAUCCUGCGGAUGAAACAGCUGUGUAAUACGGAUAAAGCCAAGCAGUUUUUGAUCCGUUCAUUUGUCCUGUUCUCAUCUGGUAGUGAAAAUUGUUCUACUAGUGAAUUGACUUGGCUGGGAAAUUUAACCAAUUUAAUUUUUUCACCUAACGAGAUGCCACUUCCAAUUGGUUUAAAAUUUGUCUGUGUCCAGUUGACACGGUCUGAUGGUUUCAACUUGUUCACCAACUAUCAGGUCGAAUCUGAGGUUACAGACGAUCUUCUCACAACAUCUUCCAUCAUUCUUAUAUGUGUCCUGACUGCCUUUGGGAUAGUUGUAGUCAGUUUGUUCAUUUAUGUUUUGAGAAUAUGCCAGAUCCGGAGAAAGAGGGCUUUCAAGCUCAAUGAAGGAAGUCCUGGUCAAAUACCAGAAAUCUUCACUACCAAUUCAAGUGCAAACGGAUGUUACACAAAUGAUGCAAUGGAUUCCACAAUAGAUAGUGAAGGACCAUCUAGAGACAGUGGCCAAGGGACCUCAAUCCAAACAGGAAACAGAAUGUGGUGAGAAACUACAAUCCAAACAGAAAACAGAAUGUGGUGAGAAACUACAAUCCAAACAGAAAACAGAAUGUGUUGAGAAACUACAAUCCAAACAGGAAACAGAAUGUGGUGAGAAACUACAAUCCAAACAGGAAACAGAAUGUGGUGAGAAACUACAAUCCAAACAGGAAACAGAAUGUGGUGAGAAACUACAAUCCAAACAGGAAACAGAAUGUGGUGAGAAACUA